AUGUCAUCAUCACAUUCAGAUUCAUCUACAGAAACAUAUACGAUAUCUGGCAGUUCUUCUACAUAUGAAAGUGACGAAGAAAUGAAUGAUAAACCUCGGAGAAAAUCAACUCAAGUGGAACAGCAAGAAAAGCAAUUUAAAUUCAUAUCGAUGAAAGCAAUUGAUGGCAAUGAAUCCAAUAGUACUGAUUCAUCACAUGAAAAUGAAAUUACAAUUCCAGAAAUAGCAACCAUAACUGAAGGAAACUUACCACAGAUUUCUGCAAACAGGACAAUUGAACUGAAUGAGGCAGCUGAUAUGCUAAGCAUGCAGAGUCAGAAUCAUUCUAAAUCAAGCAACCAAACUGAAUCUGAUUCUGCUUCUAAAAUCACUUCUGAAUUUCUUUCCUGUGAAAUUCCAUUUGAACAGGCAUUAUUUAAACCUUUUUUUCAUGAAAUUUCGUCCAAAGCUUCAGAUGAAACUACUUCUGAUUCAUCAUCUUGCGCAAUUGUCUCAAGUGAUACUUUAACCCAAUCUUCCUCUGUUCAGGUUUUCUCAACUGAACCAACUCACACUCCUUCGCAGAAUAUUGAACCAGAACCACUAGCAGCAACUACACAAAUCACUGCAAAAAGUGCAACAUUUCAAGAAGAAGUUGUGGAUACUUCUCCAUCCCUCAUAGAGGAUACAAAUGCUUUAGUUUCAGAAAAUAAUACACAAAAUGGUCCUACAAAAGCCAAUGCCUCUUCUACAAUUAACGCCGAAUUUACAAAUGAAGCUCAACUUCUGCAGCAAAUUCAAACACAGCAAUCACUUCCAAUAUCAGUCUCAUCAUCCAAGAUGCAAAUGUCCUCAACAGUUCCAGCGCAGACAUCACUUGAAACUUCAGAAGCUCAAGUGACGCAAACUUGUGCAGCAGUACCUCAAUUAUUGGAUAAUCUACCAUUGACUCCAAGCACAAACUUUGCCAUGCUUAAUUUUGAGGUGGUUUCCCGUGGCACAGGAGCGGGAGCACCAGAAGUUCCAAAAUUUGUGGAAUCUGAUGUUAUGGAAAAGAAUAACAGUGGAGAUGGAAUAGUUUCAAAGGAACAGCAGCAGUCCAGCGGAACGGUUGGAGUGAAGUCGAUGACAGGAAAUGAAGUGGAAAGCAUAGAGGUAGAGGUAGGAUCGAACGCAGUUCUCGAAGAAAGACAGAAUUCUCUCGGGGGGACAUCACAUAAAGUGGAUGAAUCUAAGCCAAUUGCAACGCAGUUUGAAACUCCCCGUAGGCCAGCACCUAGCAUAGAUUCAAGGACAAUUACACGUCCAUCAAAAGUGCGAGCUCAACAGUUACCAGAAGCAGCUGUCACGCCGUUUCCGAAAACUGAGUCAGGAUCCACAACCGCAGAUAUGCUUGCUGCCAAUACCGGUCAACCGCUUCCUUCACCAGCUGCAACUCGAAGUCGUGAUUCAUCUCAACCGCCUCAGAUAUUGGGACAGCAAUCGGCGAUUGCAUCACAACCACAAAUAAUUCAACAAGCUUUACCACCAAAGUCAGUGCAACAGCGAGUUGCGGCAUCAAAGCUUGUUCUGCAGCAAACAUCCGCACCGAAAAUCACUCCUCAGUUAGAGCAGCAACAGCAACCUACAGCCACAGCAGCUCUAAUGAGGGGUGUAACUCAGCCAGUAGUGGUACCACCAAAUAUCACUCCCUCUCUUCCAGUUGUUGACACAAAUUCUACCGUCGUUUCUAAUGCUGCAGUUGCUGCACAGGGUCCUCCUAAUCCGGAAAAUUCCCAAAGAGAGGAACGAAAAUCAUUACAGCGUGUACGGCAGCGAACCGUCACGGUCCAGAGCCAACUAAGUCUCGAUAUAACGGCCGCAUACAAUCAAGUGAAGCAGAUGAACUCAGACGAUCCUGCUACGGAACUUGUACGACGUGUGCAAGCGAUUGUUGCAACAAGAGAGAAGGAAUGGACUGCUAAAAAUGAAAAGUUAAGUCAACUGCUUGCACAUGAGCAAAGGCGUAACGAACCAUUGGAGCAGAAAGCUGCCGAACGAUUAUUAGCUAUGGCUGAAUAUGAGAAAUUAAUGCAAGAAUUUGUAGAAGAAUUAAAGAAGAAAAAUGGUGAUGGGAAAAAUUGCUUAGGUGAAUUAAAAUCAGUGGGUAGACCAGGGCCCGAAAGGAAUUUGUCGCCGGAUGAUGUUACUCAGCUUCUUAAAGAACGAGAUCAACUGGCAGAGGAAGUUAAUUCAUUGGAAACAAGUUACAGUGAACUCUUCAGGCGUUAUGAAAAAUUGCGACAAACAAGCGUUGAAAUUAAACGAAAUGAAGAUAAUGUCAAAAGCGCAUCUGAAGAAAUGGCAAGGAGAUAUUCACUUCUUGUUGAAAAAUUUGAAAUGCUCCGACGAAAUGCCGAAGAACAACUGGAUCUCGCAAAUAACGAAAUAGAGAGGCUAAUAAAGCAGCAUGAAGCAGAUACACUUGGUUUGCGUUUGAAAGUGAAACAUCAGGAAUCAAAGAUCGACAGUUUGACUAUGAGUCUGGAAGCUAGACAAAAAGAGUUGGAAAAUAUGACAGCAAUAUUUGAAGAAGUAAUUACGAAGGCAGAAGCAAAUGACGCUGCGGAUGAAGCUUGA